AUGCGGCAAGCCUUGCUCCUGGGAGUCUUGGCUUGCUCCCUGAGCCAUGCUGCGGCGGCUCCCGUGUACGUGGACUUUUGCUCGCUUGCGAUUCCCCAGCAGCUAUCCGGCGGUUACAAAAAUGUGAGCCAGGCUGUGGGGUUCGACGCGGCCAGCGGAUCGGUCCCAUCAAAGUCCAAUAUUCGAGGCUUGCUCGACGGGAAAACCUUGCGCGUCAUCGCGCACGUCGAUCCAAACCGCGUGGAACACGCAACAUUCAAGACAGUGCCAGGAUGCUCGUCUGACUGCCCCUACCCCGACGUCUUCUUCUGCGCGCCGCACAUCCCCGGGCGGACGUGCGACCUCGAGGGCGGGCUGAAAGGCCGUGAUUACCUACUCUUCCAGGAGAUGGCGAAGAGGGGCGGGUUCAACGUCGAGUGGGCGCUAACCCGCGACGUUUCGAAGACGGUGCCGGAGUCGUACACUGCGAUGGCUGUCAACUUCACCACGGACGACCGUUUCGACCUGUCCACCAACUGGUGGACGGACACCUCAGAUCGACGAAAGCUCGGGCUGGUCAUCGGCCAUCACCACACGGAUGCGUCCAGGGUGCUGAUCACCGCGCGCAACUCCAAGAAGAAGUCGCUGGACCUCGACCUGCUGGUCCGACCGUUCACGGGCCUUGUGUGGGCGGUUUGGUGCGCAAUUAUUGUGACGUAUUCAAUCAUGAUGUUCACCAUCGAGCGCAAUUGGAUAGAUAACGACGACCUCGGCAAGAACAGAGCGGAAAGACUUGUUAAAGGCCUAUCGCUGGAGCUGUAUCUCACGUUCGAGCGCUUCUCUGGCGGAUCGCAGACGCAGAAGCCGAUGAGCCGAGCCGGGCGAGGGAUCACGUCCGCUUUUGGCCUGUUCUGCCUUCUCUUCAUGUCGUUGUACACCGCAAAGCUGGCGGCGAUCAUCGUCGUGCAGGAUUCCGCGGGUGAGGGGCUGAUCAAGAACAUGAACGACGUGCGCGAUAACGGCGGUGCGGUGAUCAUGUUCAAAGGGGACCCGCUGAAGAAACGGAUGGAAACUGCGCACCCGUAUCUGAAAGUCAACGAGGACUACUCGAUGGGAAACAUGACACGACUUGCGCUCGGCAAGUUGCUCGCCGACAACCAGGCUCUGGCGGAGAUCUUGCCCGCGAACGUCGCUCGAAACGUGGUGCUCCAGAAGCAGAAUUGCGACGUCACCGUGACGUCGUCCGUGUUCACCGCGGGUGGCGGGUUCAUGACUUCGGUCGAGAAGUGCCGCUCCAAUGUGCACGUCAUCCUCGACGGGUUGCUGAUGGAGAUCGAGAGCGACGGCACGCUGGACGACAGAAUCGAGACAAAGACGGUCGACAUGUGCAGCGGUGGCGGGUUGGACGCGGAUGCCGCGGGGCUGGAGACAAAAGCGUUGGAUAUCGAUCAGAUGAUGGGCCUGUUCAUGUUCGUCGGGGGGUCCAUGUGCGCAAUCUUCUUCACCAACCAGUUGUUUGGAGGCGCGUCCAAAGCGUUGAACAAUCCAAACUACCUGGACAUCCUCGGGGGCGCAGCCCAACGCAAGCCGUCCAAGGAGAACAGCGCGCACGGAGGAGAGGAGGAUGGUAAGGCGGCGCACCACAGGAUGUUCGCGUCGUCCAAAGUCUGA